AUAAUUCACAAAGAUUCGGUGAAUUGCCUAAUGAAUCCACAAAGAUUAGGCAAUUUCACCAUUAAAAUAACCUAUGCUUUCGAGCAUCCGCAUGGUAUAACGCUGACGAGCAGUUGAAGAGCAUCCCCGUCACUGAUCGUUACCAUUAAACGGGAGGAUAGACGGCCCUUAUCCACGUCGGGUAUUUGUUCCGUCUUCUGAUCUCUCCGAUCCCUCGAAAUAUUAUUCGAUGAUUUCGGCCAGGACAGCGAGGACAAACAAACACAGAGAAUUUCAGUGAUCGAUCAAAUUGAUAAUGGUUGUGUGAUGUGGGAGUGUUUGGGCAUCGCAAUUAGCAAUGAAAACUGCUUUUUCGGCGCCCGGAGAUUACAUCUACUUCAAGUCCCAGGUUCCUCUCCAUAAGAUACCCAUUGGGACAAAGCAAUGGCGAUAUUAUGAUUUUGGUCCUAAAGUGGUACCUCCUCUUAUUUGUCUUCCUGGAACAGCAGGGACAGCGGAUGUAUACUACAAACAAAUCAUGUCAUUGUCCAUGAAGGAUUACCGAGUGAUUUCUGUUGAUAUUCCCCGGGUAUGGAAUCAUCACGAGUGGAUUCAAGCAUUUGAGAAGUUCUUGGAUGCUAUUGAUGUUCAUCAUAUGCAUCUUUAUGGUACAUCCCUUGGGGGCUUCGUAGCACAACUUUUUGCUCAGCAUCGUCCAAGACGGGUUUGGUCAUUGAUACCAUCCAAUUCUUUUCUGGAUACAUGCAGUUUCUCUGCUUCAAUGCCAUGGGCUCCUGUUGUCAGUUGGACCCCUUCAUUUUUGCUGAAACGAUACGUAUUAAUGGGAAUUCGUGAUGGCCCCCAUGAACCAUUCAUUGUGGAUUCAGUGGACUUUGUUGUUUCUCAGGUUGAAACACUCUCAAAGGAUGUCUUGGCCUCCAGGUUAACUUUGACAGUUGAUGCUGCUUCAGUUGGACCUUUGCUGCUUUCAGAUUCAUUUAUAACCAUAAUGGAUACAAAUGAUUACUGUGCAAUUCCUCAACAACUGAAACAUGAUGUACGGGAGAGGUAUAUUGUGUGGGAAUUUCUCUGUUAUGGGCAAUUUUUCAAUUCAGAUUAGCAGCGACCUUGUUAGUCGACUUGCUGAUGACACUGAAAAGUUGAAGAAGAAAACUAAAAAAUCUAAAGCUAAGGUGCCACGAGAGCCGAAGCUCCAAAUUCAUGUAAAGCAGAAGCAGAUUACUGGUGAUUCUGAAACAUUCAAGGGGCUUGUUGCCACAGGAUGGCCACUACAGCCUCCGUUGUUUCUACCAGUAAACGCUCCAGCACAAUCAGGUUACACAGAGUUGGAUGCAAUUCGAUCUGUCCUUCAAGAUAGUGAGAGGGUUAUUGAGACGUUGCAGAAGCAGGAGGAGAACAUGGUGUAGGAAGUGACACAAAGGGCUAGGGACCUCCGCGAUAAGGAGUACAAGCUUCCAUACCAGAAGCCUAUCCCCUGUUCUGCCGAGAAUGAUGCUUGGUUAGCAUGCUACAAGGAGCAUCCCGCAGACUUCCUGAGAUGUGCCCGUCUGGUUAGAAACUUCGAAAGUAGUAUUCGCAGAGCAAGGCAGCAAGUGAGUUCGGCAGAGAAUUAGUGUUUUCCAGAAGAAAAAUUUCUGGUGGCAUACAUGAGUGCAAGCUAAUAUCCAGUUUGAGUGACACGUAGAUUUUUGCUUAAGAAUUAAAUAAAACACACGUUGAUAUCUCCGUUGUUGGAUUGCUAGCUGUGUAGUGUCAAUUCACAUUUUUUGUUAAAUCUUACUCCUGACAUCUCGAAAAUGUUACUUUUAAUAACUCGUACUCUCCACAUCUCAAAACUGUGUUCUGUUCAUGAAUGCAAUGUAACAUGUUCAGUGGAACUUUCACCUUCA